UUUUAGGGAGGAGGAAGGCCCAAUUUGGGGGGUUCAGGACAAAGUUGCUGAGCUUUUUGGGGGGAGGAGGAAAGCCCCAUUUUAGGGGUUCAGCAGGGCAAUGUUGUUAAGCUUUUUUAGGGAGGAGGAAAGCCCCAUUUUUUAGGAGGGCAGGGCAGAUUUGUUGAGCUUUUUUUAGAGGAGCCUAAGUUGUUGAGCUUCUUCGGGGCGAGCCCGUGAUCUACCAGUGAUCUACCACAGACGUCCAGGGAUCUACCAGUAGAUCACAAUCUACCUGUUGGACAUGCCUGCCAUAGACUAAACCAGACUUCACCAAUCUUGUGUCCUUUAGCUGUUUGGGGCUACAGAUCCCAUCCAGUAGAUCUAUUCUUAGGUUCUCUGCUGAUCUGCACAGAACUGUGUGUUAUAAAGAGGAGCAUGGGUCAACCGUUAAGUGACAGUCUGCUGUUGAAUUCCUCAUUCCCCUCUUAGGAUUGCCAUAAUUUCAAGAGCAAAAAAGAGGACACAUUUACUGACUUUACUUUUGAUUGCUAUGGCAACUCUACCCAUGAAAAAGAGGACGUUUCCUGGAAAAAGAGGACAUAUGGCAACCCUAUGUAAAACUAAAUUCAUGGCCUUGGGCUAGUCACACUUCUUUGAAGUCUCUCAGCCCCACUCACCUCACAGAGUGUUUGUUGUGGGGGAGGAAGGGAAAGGAGAAUGUUAGCCGCUUUGAGACUCCUUAGGGUAGUGAUAAAGUGGGAUAUCAAAUCAAAACUCUUCGUCUUCGUAUGAAUUUCCCUAUGUGCUCAUACCCUCCAACACUUCUCCAAUGAAAAUAGGGAUGUCCUAUAUUUAACAACAACAACAACAACAACAACAACAACAACAACAACAACAACUUUACUGUUUAUAUAUCCCACCCAUCUGACUGGGCAGCCCAGCCACUCUCGGUAGUUUCCAACAUAUAUAAAAACAGAAUAAAACAUUAAACAUGAAAAAACUUCCCUAUUCAAGACUGCCUUCAGAUGUCUUAUAAAGGUUGUGUAGUUUCUCAUCUCCUUGGCUCGGGGGUUGUCCAAUGAAAAUAGGGACGUCCUAAGGAAAAGGAGGACAUUCCACGAUCAAAUCAGAAAGUGGGAUGGCUUCCGUAAAUCCGGGGCUGUCCCUGGAAAAUAGGGACACUUGGAGGGUCUGUAGAGCUUCAUGGGUGAACACUGAUAUGGGUGGAAAAGUUUUUCCCAGGACUAUCUGAUAAAUGCAUGGGAUCCAGAUUUGGAAAAAGCUUCCAUAUCUCCCAGUGAAAGCUGGUAACAGAAGUGUACAACGAGGAAGUGUGAGUUGAUUAUUAUGAUUAUGACUAUUGAUCUCCGGUCCAAAAUCAGGUCUGGCUCUAUUCGUAGGCAGCAUGAGAUGACCUGCCUCAAGCAGAAAAUAUCAGGGUAACAUUAAAUGGCACCAAAAUGCCUGUUUUUUUUGUUUUGUUUUCCCCCCUUAAUUAUAUUAUACCCUGUGAUUUGGAUUUUUCUACCUCAGGAACCAACAUCAGUGCAAUACAACAUUACCACCACCACAAAAAAGCCAUCCCCUUAAUCUGUUCUUGGGUUUCCCCCAACCCUCUGGAGCAGAUUUGGGGGCAGGAGAGGGUUCAAGUCCCAAACUGGAAGCAGAAAUCAUUGUACUUUAGUUGAAAAUCUUCGAGGACACUUUAGUUGAAAAUUGCCCAAAAUAUAUCAGGCCUUCCCAGCUUUUUUUUCUGGGGGCACUCAAGUGUAUGCAGUACCAGUACCUUUUUUUACAAAUGUGAAAAGUGUGUAAAAACUUCGUGGUGAGUACGGCACCCCCCCCCCCUUUGCACAAUAUCUCUGAAUUGGUGCAGCCUGAUUGCCUUGGUCUGAGCAUGUGGGGAGGAGAUGGGGAGUCGUAGCAGCCUUCAGCUGCCUGUCUCCCACCAGCCUAUCUCAUUUGUUGUCUGAAAUGAAAUAUGAUUGUGUGGGAUGUCAAGGCAUGAUGUCCACUUAUAGCAACAGAUGCAAUGCAUAGUACAGGCAUAGGCAAACUCAGCCCUCCAGAUGUUUUGGGACUACAACUCCCAUCAUCCCUGACCACUGGUCCUGUUAGCAAGGGAUGGUGGGAGUUGUAGUCCCAAAACAUCUAUUGGGUCGAGUUUGCCUAUGCAUGGCAUAGUACAGGCACCCCCAAACUUCGGCCCUCCAGAUGUUUUGGACUACAAUUCCCAUCUUCCCCUACCACUGGCCUGUUAAGCUAGGGAUCAUGGGAGUGGUAGGUCAAAACAUCUGGAGGGCCGCAGUUUGGGGAUGCCUGGCAUAGUACCUUCCUUUGCAUCACUCUCAUUCUCUGUCUGUCUGUCUCUCUUCUUCCCCCACCCUCUAGAUUUUGGUGAAAAAACACGUGUCCGUUGUUCUAAAUGUUGGGAUUGAUCCAUGAGUUUAUUAACCUGGGGAUUCUUUGAAAGGGUUCCUUGCCCAGAUUCCAUGAUGCAGGAAAUAUUAUUGAUAAAGCACAUACAGGACACUGUAGCCUGAUGCCCCUGAUCAGGUGGUGACGCUUCCCGGAAAGGACUAAGAAAACAACCCCCCCUUCCCAAAAGAGUUUUCUGUUUUGCUAACCACACUAUGAAGGCUUUGGGGAACAGCUGGCUCCUUUUGCUCUUUGCGCUUAAUCUGAGAGGCAUCUGCUCCUCCUUUGUCAACGUCAACCGUGGGGCGAAAGUGAUGAAGGGCCAGUCCAUCUUCCUGUUGCAAGAGGACCUGCAGUUUUCCAUUCCCCGAGAGAAGGAUGCUUGCAAAGUGGAAGUUGUGAUGAACGAGCCGAUGACGCAGAGGGUUGGGAAACUAACCCCACAGGUGUUUGAUUGCCAUUUUCUUCCCAAUGAAGUCAAGUACACUCACAAUGGAUGCCCAAUUCUCAAUGAAGACUUAGUCAUGCUGAGGUUAUACAGAUUUACGGAAACCGAGACAUUUACCGAAAUGGUUCCCUUCCUUGUAAAGUUACUUGAACCAGAUUGUAAUAUUAUCAAGAUGAGCUCGAGUGCCCUGCAGGUCCCUGAUUUUCAUGGCCUGUCCAAUGUCAUUAACAAGAACGUAAUUACUUUAGACUACAACAGGAAAAGAAAUUUGGAUUGUACCAUAAGCCUGAUGUCUUUAGAAACUUUCCUACCAGCCCAUGGGCAACUUGUCAGAGGAUCAGCAAAAGAAGAACCACCUCGUGGAGAUCAGCCUCACAGUUUCCCUCCCACAACCGGACAUAGGAGAGGUGGAAAGUGUCCAUCUGGGAGCUGUGUUUCAGGCCUGAAGACCAUACAGAACAUUAAAGUGAGCUGUGAAGAUUUUCUCCUGAUGGGCCUAAGAUACCAGCAUUUGGACCCUCCUUCACCCAACAUUGAUUACAUUCCCAUCAGGCUGGAUCUCACAGACAGCAGAAGCAAGACCAUCUACAAGUCUGAGCAUGCUUGGCUUCCCGUCCACAUUGGAGGUGCGUUUCCUAACCAGCCGCCCCAAGCUGCCUUCAUGGCUAUGCAAAUCCUAGAAGCAGACCAGUUCAUUCUGAGCCUCUUGUCAACAACCAUACUGGAUGCCGAAGACAGUGAAACAGCCAAAUCCCUGCUUGUCUUCAACAUCACCAAACCACCCCGGGAAGGCUACAUCACUCAUCUGCAAGACCACACGAGGCCCAUCUCAUCCUUCACAUGGAACAGCCUCAAUGAUAUGCUUAUUGCUUAUCAGCCACCAAACAGCAGCCACACAGAGAGGAGAAAUUAUGAGGUGGAGUUUGAAGUUCACGAUUUGUACUUUGAAAGAAGUUCACCAAUCACUAUCCAUAUCUCUGUUAGAACGGCACACACAAAUGCUCCUCGGGUCUCAUGGAAUACCGGUCUUGAUCUUCUGGAAGGACAGUCUCGCCCUAUAACUUGGGAGCAGUUUCAGAUUGUAGACAAUGACGACAUCGGUGGUGUUCGCAUAGUCACUGUUGAUGGUCUACAGCAUGGACAGCUCACUCUAAGAGGAGGAAAGGGAUUCAUGUUCACGGUCUCAGAUCUUAAGGAUGGUCUUGUCCGUUACCAUCACGAUGACAGUGAUUCCACAAAGGACUAUAUUGUCUUCAGGAUCUUUGAUAACCAACACAGCAGUCGCCACAGAUUUCCAAUCAACAUUCUACCUAAAGAUGACAGCCCCCCAUUUCUCAUCAGUAAUGUUGAAAUAGAAGUGCAUGAGGGACAGACAAUUCUGAUCCAAGGCUCAAUGCUUCAAGCCUCCGACAUGGACUCUAGCGAUGACUACAUACUCUUCAAUAUAACCAAACCAUCACAGGCAGGAGAAAUCAUGAAGAUACCUGGACCAGACCUAAUUGGCUAUCCUGUCACUAAAUUUCUUCAGAAAGAUCUAUUCAAUGGGAUCAUUUACUACCAUCACUUAGGAGGAGAAAUAUUUGAAGAUUCCAUUGAAUUUGUUCUGUGUGACUGCAAUGAUCCUCCCAAUCUUUCAGAAACUCAGGAAGUCAGAGUGCACAUAAUUCCUGUGGAUGACCAACUUCCCAAAGAAGUUUCAGGGACGAGCCGCCGUCUAACUGUCAAGGAAACUGAGAUCGCCCACCUAACAAAGAAACAUCUCAGUUAUAUCGACGCAGAAGCGCAGGAAAGGGAGAUCAUCUAUACUAUAACUUCUCCCCCAUUCUUCUCUUCUGUGCACCACCACAUGGACGCUGGAAAAUUGUUUAUGGUUGACAGCAUUCCUAAACUGAUUAAGGAUCCUAUUACUCCUUCACUGAUAUCAUUCACACAGCAUGCCGUAAACCACAUGAAAGUUGCUUACAUGCCACCGUUGCAAGAUAUUGGCCCUGAGACUCAGACUAUCCAGUUCACAUUUUCAGUCGGCAGUCGACAUGGCAACACUUUGCAGGGGAUCUGUUUUAACAUUACCAUUGUCCCAGUAGACAAUCAAGCUCCAGAGGUGUUCACAAACAACUUGAAAGUAGAAGAAGGGGGGUCAUGUACCGUUACAGAGGGCCACAUUUUGAUUUCAGAUGUGGACACCAAACAGGAGAACAUCCGCAUCCAUCUGCUAACUCCACCUCUUCACGGAGCUGUUGAGCUGGCUGGGAUUCCUAUGAAUCAGGGGGACUGGCUCACCUGUGAAGACCUGCACAUGUCCAAAGUCAGGUAUCUUCACGACGGUUCUGAGGUUCUGCUGGAUCCUAUCCUGCUUGCAGCUACAGAUGGUAUCAAUUCCUUUGAGUUCAUUCUGCAAGUUCAGGUGAAUCCAGUAAAUGAUGAACCUCCUGUCAUGAAUCCUGACCUCAUUCCCUCCAUCCAAUGCCCAGAGGGUCAAGCAGUAGCCAUCACCUCGGAGAACCUUUAUGCUACUGAUGAAGACAGUGAAGACAUGCAGCUGAUGUUCAUGCUCGCUCGAAAUCCUAAAUAUGGAGUUGUGAAGAAAGACGGGAUUGUGGUGGAUCGCUUUCCACAAAUAGAUGUCGUUUCUGGAGCAGUGGAAUACGAACAUACAAGUGGAGAGAUUGGCUUGACCCCUUUAUUUGAUAUCCUUACCUUUGUUGUCUCGGAUGAUGAAAUUGGCCCAACAAAUGAGUGUUGUUAUGACGAAUCUCCCUUUCCUCCUGUUCCACUCCAUAAAUCUUUUCCAGUAUAUGAUAUUAACAUCACAAUAUUUCCUUUAGACAACCAACCACCAUCCAUUGUUACUGGUGCCAUGUUUGUUGUGGAUGAGGGCACCUCGGCUGCCAUUACAAUUGACCACUUGUCUGCUGCUGAUCCUGACACGAAAGCAGAUGACUUGCGGCUUGUUUUAGCUUCUCCUCCCCAAUUUGGAUACAUAGAGAAUAUAUUGCCUUCCCCUGGCUUUGAGAAAAGCAAUGUGGGAAUAAGCAUAGCCUCAUUUCAGCUGAAAAACAUAAAGGGUCAGUACAUAAACUAUGUCCAGAGCAGGCACAGGAGAAUAGAACCAAACACAGACCAGUUUAUGGUUUACGCCACUGAUGGGAAGCAUCGUUCGAUGGAGACGCCGUUUUAUGUAUUGAUCAACCCGACAAAUGAUGAAGUGCCGGAAUUUGAAGCAAGGAAUAUUACAGUGCAGGAGGGCCAGAUGAAAGAACUGGAUCCAUCUGUAAUCAGUGCGGUUGAUCUGGAUGUACCUCAAGAUCCCCUGAUGUUUACCGUCCUUCGGCAGCCCCAGCAUGGCCUCCUUGUUAAUGGGAAUCAUGGCAAUGACAUCAUCCGCUAUAAACAUGUGACCAACGGCCACCAGCGCCACGAACUUCCUGUGCAGGAGUUCUCCAUGGAGCUUUUGAAAAACGGAAUGAGGCUGAUGUAUAUGCAUGAUGACUCUGACAGCCUAGCGGAUGGCUUUACAAUCCAGCUAUCAGAUGGGAAACAUAAAGUGUCAAAAACCAUUUCGGUAGAGGUCAUUCCAGUUAAUGACGAGAAACCAGUGCUGAGCAAGAAGGGUAAGAUAGAGGUGACUAUGGGUGAAGCCCAAAUUAUUUCUAGUGCUGUUCUGUCAGCUGAAGAUAAAGACACCCCAAGGGAACAAAUUUAUUAUUUAUUUGAGAGUGUCCCAGAAAAUGGACAUCUUCAGCUCAAGGUAGGCCAUGACUGGGUGACACUCCAAAAUGGGAUGAAGUGCACCCAGAAUGACAUAGACAUGAACUCUGUGAGAUACAUACACACGGGAACAAUUGGCUCAAAGGAGCAGGACAGUUUUGUGUUUCAUCUAUGGGAUGGAGACAAUAGAUCCCCAGAGGUGGCUUUCCCUAUUACCAUCAAGGACUUGGAAAAAGGAAACAUUGCAGUUUUCACAAAGCCCCUCACUGUGUUGAAGGGCGACAGAGGCUACCUGAUGACGGACAUCCUCCUUGCAGUCGAUGGCACUGAGAAGCCAGAGGAGAUCCUCUAUGUGAUAACCUCCCCACCUCAGUACGGACAGCUUGAGUAUGUCAGCUAUCCUGGAGUUGCCAUUACAAGUUUCAGCCAAAUGGAUGUGGCAGGCCAGGCCGUCUGCUAUGUCCACAAUAGCAAGGCAGCUUCUCCAAGGGAUACGUUCAGAUUCAUCGUCAGCAAUGGACUAAGGACAAAACACGGAGAGUUUGAGAUCAUCCUGGAGACAGUGGACCAAGCCUUACCCACAGUGGCCAAGAACGAAGGCUUGACUUUACUCGAAGGUGGCAUUGCGUUCCUUUCUCCAGACAUUCUCCAGCUCUCGGACCCAGACACAGAUCCGCAAAACCUCUCCUUUCUCCUAGCACAGCUCCCACAGUACGGCCAGCUCUUCAACAGAAAGUCUGGCCUAUGGAAGCAAAGCUUCAGCCAACAAGAUGUGGACAAUCUGAACAUUGCUUAUAGACAUGGAGGAGGGGAUUCUCGGAUUGACAGAUUUACAUUUGUGGCAACAGAUGGAGUGAAUGAAGGCUUCAUAGUAAAUAACAAGGUGCAGCUAGAGCCCUUGGCGUUCAGCAUCCAGGUGGACAGCCCAGCCAAAGCAGCACCAGAAAUUGUCCACCUUUCUGCUGCUUCAGAUGUAGAACUUCUGAAAAAUGGCAACUUUGGUAUUUACAUUACUUCCCGGGCCCUGAAGGCAUCAGAUUGUGAUGGGGAUGAUGAGCAAAUAAUUUUCAAGAUUUUGCGAGGACCUCGGUACGGCUACUUGCAAAAUAUAACAACAGGUGGAUUUAUUCAGCAUGAAUUCAGUCAGAAGGAUUUAAAGAGCAAAACCAUACUUUAUGUCAUUGACCGUUACUGGGAGGGGAAUUCAGAAGACCUGGAGAUUCAAGUUACCGAUCCUGAAGGAAACUCUGCAAUGCCUCAGAUACUGGAACUGAAAUGGUCAAAAAUUGAAAUGGAACAGGAUGUUUAUGAAGUUUGCGAAAAUGUGGAGAUGCUUCCUUUGAGGAUCACCAGAUCAGGGUACAUCACAGAUUCUGCCUUUGUUGCAGUGCAGAUCAAUGAAGUAACUGCUUCAUCAGGAAAGGAUUUUACUGUGGCUCCUUCUAAACUUAUUCAGUUUGAUCCAGGGAUGUCAACCAAGAUGUGGAAUAUAGCAAUUACCUAUGACGGAUUAGAGGAAGAUGAUGAGGUCUUUGAAGUGGUUCUCAUCUCUCCUGUGAAUGCUGUUCUUGGCAGUAGGACAAAAGCUGCAGUGAAAAUUUUGGACUCAAAAGGAGGUCAGUGCAGCUCAUUCCACUCCUCAAGCCAAAACAUUCACAACUUAUGGAUGAAAGGAACAUUGCUUCCAGGCUCCUCUUCAUCUUCCAGGCAUGGCACUGUUCAUUUGGAAGGGAUCCCAUUGCCCGCUUCCAAAGAGAUGGUAGUGCAGAGAAGGGAGAAAUCACCAGAAUUCAACUCGGUGAAUCUUGCAAGGAGCCGGCUAAGAGCCCUUGGAAAUGGCAAAAUAGUUCGUCCUUCCUUCACUUUUAGAAAUGGCACUGGCAUCUAUUCUAAAUACCAUGGGAUGGCAGUGCUCAGAGUGGAGGAUGACAACCCAUUGCCUAACAAAAACAAGAUGGCAGCCACGUCAGUAAUCAACCAAAGAGAGCCGAGGAAAAAUAUGGCUCCCCUCAAGAAAACGGAAGUUCCGCAAGCGGACUCUAGCAUUCCGGUCCAGAGCCUUUCCUUUCCAAACAGAUGCAUGCCAGAUUUGAAAGGUCUCUUGCAUUUUGAAGGAAUCACUCAGAAGAUGUUUCAGUGUGAUGGACAAUCCUGGACUCUGUGGAGUAAUGCAGACCAGGGUGUUAAUGUGAAAACGUGCCCUCCCGGUUGGACCCAUCAUGAUGGAAGCUGCUACAUCCUGAUCACCAAUCCAAAAGUCACAUGGACCGUAGCUGCCCGGGAUUGCAGGGAACAGUACCAUGGCAGUUUAGUAAGUGUGGCUUCUAAAACACACAUGCAGUGGCUGUGGGACUUCAGUGGAAGAAGACCCUUCUGGACAGGCUUCAACGACAGAAGAAAUCCAGGCCAGUUCAAAUGGAACAAUGGAGACCGUGUUGCUUUCACGAACUGGGGGAAAGAGCCGCCACGUCCUUCAAAGAAAGGAAAGAACUGUGUUUUAGUACAGCAGCGGGGGAAAUGGCAAAGAAAGGACUGCAAGAAGGGCAAAGGACACAACUAUAUAUGCUCUAGGAAACUGUAAAGACAGCUGAUGCAAGCCUGGCCUCAUCAUGUAUAAAAACAGAUAUAUUUAUUUAUAGCCAGGGAUGCUGAAGGGGCUCGAAGGUAGGGAGUCAGGUGACCUAUUUGUAAUAGGUUUUUAUGCGAAGGGGUUAAAAAAUGAUAGGGGGAAAUGUUACACUGUGACUGAUCUCUUUCCAGGGUUUGUGGUAUAUCGAGUAUGAGUGAAGAACAAGCCUUGUUCGCCCCAGAGUUAUUUUCUAUCAAGUCUCUUCCAAGACAUAUAAAAUAUGAAACAGCUAGAGAAGUUGGCGGAGGUUGAGUUUUUUUUUAUAUUAAGCCAUAUGUUACUUGCCUUGUCUUUCCUGAACUCUACCCCUCACAACACUGAAAUUGUUUGGUUUUGAAAGGGAAACAGCCAUGGGCGUAGCCAGGAUUUUGGGGAGGGGGACAGAACCUCAGAUUUGUAUUGAUUUUGAUUUCCCCCCCCCCUUUGGCUAUGACCAUUGUAACAGCCAGCAUCCUGAUGGUCAAAGUUUAUAAAAGAUGCAUGAUAGUGGCUACAGGAAUUUUGGAGCUUUAAGUAAAAAUAAAGAAAUCAAAAUUACUUCUCUUCCCCUUCACACAUUUUUAUCGACACACAUAGAGGGAAUGUGGAACAUGAUUAACUUUUUCAAAUGACGGCUUCAUGUUGCUAUUUUAUGGUAAUACACUUCUGUGAGAUUUUAAAAGUUUACAUUAUGAUGGUAACCGAAAGUACACACAGCCUCUCUUCUGUUUCAAGUGGCACAUAGAGAAAACUCCAAUGGUAAGCCAGCAAUAUCAUUUUAA